CCUACUUGAGCGCCAGACGCAGGAGAACUGAGCACGAGGACUGGAGAGCAGGUGGAGCGCGAGCCGGAGACAGUGAGCAGCUGAAAGAGCAGAAGUGUGAAGAAGUUGACGAGCUUGGAUUCUCUGUGCUGUUUGGAAGAAGUGGCAGAAAAGACGACUGUCUCGACAAGAGGUAUCGACCUCUCAACAUGCAGCACUACGGGGUGAACGGUUACUCUCUCCACGCCAUGAACUCCCUCAGCGCCAUGUACAACCUGCACCAGCAGGCUGCGCAACAGGCACAGCACGCGCCCGACUACCGGCCGUCCGUGCACGCGCUCACGUUGGCAGAGAGACUGGCUGACAUCAUCCUGGAGGCUCGCUACGGCUCUCAGCACCGCAAACAGCGCCGCAGCCGCACGGCCUUCACGGCGCAGCAGCUGGAGGCGCUGGAGAAGACUUUCCAGAAGACGCACUACCCGGAUGUGGUGAUGAGGGAGCGGCUGGCCAUGUGCACCAACCUGCCCGAGGCCCGAGUGCAGGUCUGGUUUAAGAACCGCAGAGCCAAGUUCCGCAAGAAGCAACGCAGCCUCCAGAAGGAGCAGCUACAAAAGCAGAAGGAGGCGUCAGGAGAAGGAGGGAGCGAGAAGGAUGAUGCACCUCCCUCCACCACCAUCCUUCCCGACACCCAGCUGCCUCCUCCAUCCUCAUCCUCGUCCUCAUCCUCAUCCCCUCUGGAGACAGACCCUCCUGUGGUCCGUCCCAUACCGUUGGACAUGGAGCUGAACGUCACAUCGGCAGAACAUUCAGGCAGCGAGUCAGCCACAGAAGACAACGCCACAGAUAAGGAGGACGAGAGUAAAUGUCAACGGGAGGAGAUAAAGUGUGAGAGAGCAGUGACACCCGGGGACAUGUCCCCCUGCAAAAGACUCAGCCCAAAACAAGAUUCUCCGCUGGUCUCUCGCUCCGUGACCCCUUCGUCCUCCAGCAGCGGCCUGACCAGCAGUGGUCCUCUGUCUCAGAGCCACGCUUACUCUUCCUCCCCCCUGAGCCUGUUUCGUCUGCAGGAGCAGUUCCGUCAACACAUGGCUGCCACCAACAACCUGGUGCACUACCCUGCUUUUGACCUCGCUGCCCCAUCCUCACUGCCCUACCUAGGAAUGAAUGUUAACAUGCCGCCUGCACCGCUGGGCUCUCUGCCCUGUCAGUCCUACUACCAGUCCCUGUCCCAUCAUGCUCAGCAGGUAUGGAACAGCCCACUGCUGCAGGCGUCGGCGGCGGGCAGCCUCACCAGCCACAACAGCAAAACCACCAGCAUUGAAAACCUGCGUCUGAGGGCCAAGCAGCACGCAGCCUCGCUGGGACUGGACACAAUGUCUAACUGAGAAUCACAAUGUAUGGAGGACAACGCAAGCACGACCACAGUGUUGGCCUGUACGUCAUCCCAUCCUUCUGCGUGUCUUAGUGACUGUAGGCAUUCAGGAGCUGUACACGGACACCCUACUUGAGGAAAUGGGCACAAGACAUGCAGAGAUGCCCCACAAUAAAAAAAAAAUGCACUGGACCGACCAGAUCAACAGCUUUUAAAUACCACAACUUAUUUGAUUCCUACAUAUUUCAGUUCAAGGUCCAAAUGUAGCAUACAUCCUUUGGAAAAGAAAAACUAAAAGAAACUCAACAUUGGUACAAAAAAGAUAAAGCAGAUCAAGUGAAUGUCCCUCCCCCCCAAAAAAGGACAAAAUGCUAUUAUCAACGUCAAAGUUGGACCUUAUCAUCUGCAAUAAAAAAAAAAAAAAUCACUGAAGAUAAUGUGAACAGCUGAUUUUGGAUGCACUCAUUAUAAAAGACUGCAAUGCAAAUAAUGUUUACAAGAAUAAUGUGAAUAAAUGUGGCACUUUUAGAGGAACAACACUCGAUGGCCAGAGGGGGGAAAAAAAGAAGGUAUUGCUCAUACAGCAAAGGGACCAUCAACAUUUCAAUUAAGAAGGGUGGCUAUGUACAUAGCAUGUACUACAUAACAGCACAUAAAUAAAAAUAAACCCAAGUCAUGUUGUCCUCAACAGCAUAAUUAAACGUGACUAAUUUAGCAGUUUAAUGGCCAGUAAUAUGCCACUUUGUACAGAGGCUGGCUUGAUAAUGAGAAAAUGAUUUCAGUGAAUAAAUUCUCAAUGCUUUUAAUUACAUUUUGCCCUGGGCUGAGGGAGCUGGGGCAAAUGCAAUUAUGAACAUGCAUAGCAUUUAAAGCAGCCUUUAAAAAUUCAAAAGGCCUGCACGCGAACAGUCGACAUGAUUGACAUCAAUUGGAAGUCAUUUUUUGUGCCAUGAAAAUCAAUUUCCGUCGAAUGCAAAAUGCUGCUCCGAACAAAUGCGGACAAUUGGACAAAUAGGAUCUGCACUCGUCUUUUCUCAGCUGUAAUUCUUGCCUUAAUAAUCUCUUGAGGAAACAUGCAGCUUUUCACUGAACGUCAGGCCGAGCGUCAGCACUUGGUGAGGAAAAAUCACAUGCGUCUCUGAUGUUUUGUGUUCGUGUGUUCUGGCAAGUAAAGUCUUCAUAUUAAAAAAAAAAAGCACAUUAUUUUAAUAUGUAAAAUAUAAAAAAAAGUUUAUCUAUUAAUGUUUGCUGGUAGGAUAAUUGUAAAGUUCCUAUUAUGUUGUAUAGUUGAUGAUGACUCGGAUAAAACUCAUUUAGCUGUCAGAUUGUAAGAUUGUAUUCACUGAGCUCACCGGCAGCCCUGUUAAGCCGCCCUCCUCUCCUCCUCCUCCUCCUCCUCCCCCUCCUCCCCUUAGUUGUCUGUGUGCCAACCCUGGGUUCAAUUAAUAUUUUUAUGUGUUCACUUUCUUUUCUGGAAGUGACUAAAAGGAAGCAGUGGAACAAAUCUGGAUAGUUGUAAACUACCACUGUUUGCAGUUUUCUUAAUCAAUCCAGACAGAAAAGCCUGAAGUCAAAGAGGGUGAAAAGAGUUCAGUGAGUAAUUGACCCUGGUCCUGUGUGUGCUGCUGUCUUGACUCUAUCCGAGUUCUGUUGUUGCUCUUAUUCUAAUGCUGUUCCCUCCCCCUGUCUCAGUCAAACUACUCGGUCCAGUGGUAGAUAGAUUUAUAACAGAGAAAGUGACGGGACCAUCAGCAGUGUUGUUUCCUUUACUCCUCCCUAACGAUGUAGACUUGACGUAGUGUUGUUGUAAAAUACUCAUUAAAUAAAAAUAUUGCUUGUAGAUCUCUGCAA